UAUCUUUUUCGGAGAUCCAUGGGGAAGGAGAGAACUUGAGGGAAAUCGGAGGGUUUCUUAGGUUCCAUUUUAUUCCCUCAAGCCUUCAACCAUCGGAUUCUUCCUCUCGGGUUCCUUCACUUAGAGUAGUGAAUCCAGUGAAAGCCGAAGACUAAGAAGAAGUAUGGGACUUUGUGCGAGUUGUGGCGGUGUGAGCGGGAGAGGACGGCGACGAGGAAGUUGAGGGCAGUGGCGCCGAGGGGGCCCUCGCGGCGGCCGGCGAAGGCGGCGAGGAGACGGAGGGCGUGGGGGAGGAAGAUGAAAAGGCUGAGGAGGGCGAGGAAAGAAAUUGGGAUUUUAAUCCAUAGGAUUUCCAAAUCCUAUAGGAUUUGGACCAAUCCUACCCUUUCCAAACAAGCCCUAAAUGUUGUGCACUUUAAUCCCUGGCCUGCACGAAACGGCCCAUCACCAAGGUUUAAGUUGGACUCGUAAAUUUAUUUCAGUGGAGACUGAGAAGGAGAAGCGAGCCCGGGGGUUCGGUGGAGGAGGAGAAGCGGUUGAUCUGCGAACGCACAGGUGUUCGACCGAUGCUCCGAUCGUUAUUGCAGGCCCGAAGGCCGAUCCGCAUGGCAUCGGAAGGCACACCGGGUGACCUGCUGAGGUUGCGAAUCGGGGAGCGGGAGAGGGCGCGGCGGCGGCCGCGGGACCCUGCACGGGACGAGUUCUUUGUGCAGGUGCCAGAGUCUGCCUCCUGGCUCGACACCGCCUCCAUGCCCAUGAUCCUCACUGCCGUCGCCGUUGCCCUCUUCGCCAAGGUCCUCAUGAUGUAUGAUGAAUCCAAAGCACAAGAGAGGUUGGAGCGCAAAAUACAGAAGGCUCCUCCUGGAACAGGGACAGUGAGAAUGCUUACUCGUGAGGAGUGGGAUGAGAUUCAAGAAAUUAGGCCAAGGACUCCUUUUGAGUCUAAGCUUGCUCGUCCAAAUGCACGUAUAAGAACUGGAGAAUCAGUAACUCUGGAGGAUGUGAAAAAUUGGGCUGUAGAUGUGUUUGCCGAUGCUCUUACAAGAGCAGAAGAAAGUGUCAAGCAAAGGUGACAUGUGGGAACUGAAGAGCAACGGUACUCAAGUUCAUGUAAAGUGGUGGAUUCAACCAAGAAAUUCAGGUGUAAGAGUUGUACUGGCAAACAUGCUGAACAUGGUUUUACAAUAGUAUCAUACAGAUAAUGGAAUACCAAGGAUAGUUGGAAGAAUAUGUUUCUUUGGAGCAAACUACAUAAAUUGUCCGCUUCAACCAUGCUUCAGAAUUCUGGAUUUUUAUGUCAUUUUGAGUUAGCUAGUAGCUGUUCUCUUGCCAUCUUGCCAUCCAAUAAGAAAUCUAAUUCUGUUGGCACUUCCUGUUUUUUCUUGUGCCGUACUUGGCUGGUCAUGGUGACCGGAGUGCGUUAUGAAAAUAAAAGUGAAACAAUGUUGUGAAGAAGACUACAGAGAGGGAGAGGGUCAGACGCUUGCUUCAUUCUUUCUUGGGUUUAAACUUUACAGCACGU